CGGGGCAGCCGGCGGUUUCCCGGCAGUCUGGGACGUAGGAAGAACGGAGGGCCGAGAAAGCGGCUGGCUGGCUGGGCGCGGUGAAGUUCAGUGGGCGGCGGCCGACUAGCUGUCGUCUGGGAACGGGGAGUUUUAAGACGUUGCUGCUGGCUGCCUGGCUGCCGUGGCCGGCGCCGGUUCCCCAUGGAAGUCGAGAUGCCGCAGGAUGUGUCUCUGAUUGACAUUCUCUGGAGACAAGACAUAGAUCUUGGAGCAAGGCGUGAAGUUUUUGAUUUCAGCCAAAGGAAGAAAGAAUAUGAACUUGAGAAGCAGAAAAAGCUCGAAAGUGAGAGACAAGAGCAGCUUCAGAAAGAGCAAGAAAAGGCCUUUCUUGCUGAGUUGCGGCUGGAUGAGGAAACCGGGGAAUUUGUUCCUAUCGAACCAGCUCAAGUUGUUGAAUCUGGAAAUUCUGCCAUAUCCAACAAUUAUUCACAGAAUGUUCAUAUUUCCAAAGAAGAUGCAGAUGAUCUGUUUGAUGAUUGCAUGCAGAUUUUAGCAGAAACAUUUUCAUUUGUAGACGAGAGUGAGAUUUCCCCAGCUGAAUUUCAACAAGUGGCGCCUUUGGAAAUGGCUGCCAACCAGGUCUUUUUGGAAUCUAACCACAUGCAGCAGCUUGACUCACCUGUACUUCAAUCUACGAUUCCAGAAUUAUUAGAUACAAAAGUGGAAAACACACAAGAUAUAGAACAAGUGUGGGAAGAACUCCUGUCUAUUCCAGAACUGCAGUGUCUUAAUAUACAAAAUGACAGCCUUGCCGAUGUAACAUCAAACCUAUUUGCCGUCAAUACCACUUCAGAGGCAACCGAUGACUUUAACUUCUACAGUUCAUUAUCUGUCAUGGAGAAAGAAGUUGUUAAUGGCAGUCAAGACUUCCUGAAACCUUUGGAGGAUCCCUAUUCCAGCAUAGGGUUGCCAGAAGAUUCUAGUCAACGUAGCACUGAUUUCUGUGAGGAUUUCUAUUCCUUUAUUGAUGUGAAGAUGAAUCCCAGAGUGGCUACCCCACCAUCUCAUUUUGUGGAUCAGGCAAUUGCUGGCUUUUUAAGCGAACCGAUUGAUCUUUCGGAUUUUGCUCAGUGCAAAGCUUUUAAGCAGGAUCUUGUAGGAAAUGCCCCAGAGUAUAAUGAUUCCGACUCUGGUAUUUCACUGAAUGCAAGUCCCAAUAUAACCUCCCCAGCUCAUUCUGUUGAGUCUUCUUCGGUCUGUCAGGAUGCAGGCUUUGGAUGCAGUGAUUCAGAAAUGGAGGAGAUCGAUUGUGCCCCUGGAAUUGUGUCACCGAGCAAUGCCUCGAUUCAUUCAUUUCACCUGCAGGCUCCUGCCUCUCCAUCUCUGGAGCAAGGCACUCCAAAGCCUGACUUACUGCUUACUAGUACACCUCAGAGAGAAUUGCCUGCCAAUCCUGGUCACGUUGAAGCUCCAUUUAUGAAAGAUAAGUCUUUCAACCAAGAAGAAGCUUAUCUCACUAGAGAUGAGCUGAGAGCAAAAGCUCUGAAGAUCCCUUUUCCUGUUGAAAAAAUCAUUAACCUCCCUGUGGAUGACUUCAAUGAAAUGAUGUCCAAGCAGCAGUUCAACGAGGCUCAGCUCAGUCUGAUUCGUGACAUACGAAGGCGAGGCAAGAACAAAGUAGCUGCUCAGAACUGCCGUAAAAGGAAACUGGAAAAUAUUACUGAGUUGGAGCAUGAUCUGGAUUACCUGAAGGAUGAGAAAGAGAAGCUCCUGAAAGAGAAGGUGGAGAAUGACAAAAGCCUGCAGCUGCUGAAAAAGCAGCUGAGCACCCUGUACCUUGAAGUCUUCAGCAUGCUUCGAGAUGAAGAUGGCAAGCCAUACUCCCCUAAUGAUUACUCACUGCAGCAAACCAGAGAUGGGAGCAUUUUCCUUGUGCCUAAGAGCAAGAAGCUAGAGACUAAGUUCUGAAGAUCAAGGAGACAAAAAAAAUUAAUAAUCCAUGAAUAUUUUUACAUUGCUAUUUUCUAUUGAUAAGUAUCAUGGAACCCAAUGUUGUCCUUUCUCAAGUGACAUGUUUCUUUAGUCAAAUGUAUGAAUGCACUAAAUCAUUAGCGUAAAACAAAAUGUAUGCACAUGGUUAAUACUUCCAAAAUACACUAGUUCUUCCUGUUAUAUAACAGCCACUUCAGUAGUUUUUGUGUUUGUGUAAAUAUUUCAAGAUGUCUUAUUUAUAUACCAUUUCUAUAGUUGGCUUUAUUCAAAUAAGCAUCAAGUGUGAUUUAUCUGCUAAUCCUACGUAUUUACAAAAUUAACUUUAUGUCUUAAGGUACAUCAUUUUAUAAAUACAAAUGAUUUUUUUAGCUUACAAGUGUAUUUACUUUAAUAUAGCAGCUUGAAUGUAGUGUAAACUGAUAUGUAUAAUACAGCAAUAGGACACAACCCAACCCAAAGACAAGCACUUUGAAGAAUAGCUUAAGAGGAGGAACAUUAAGCACAUGCUUAACGUUUUCGUUAAAAUUAAUGGGGCUUCAGGAACCUGAUCAUUGGAAGGUUUAGCGUUUUGUACUUUUAAAGUGGUUGCAUUUUUUUCUUUUGACGAUUUAGUAAAUUGUUAUGCAAAGUAUGAUUUUGUUUCAGCCAAAGCUGUACAACUAUGUGACUCAAUGUGGUUGAAUGGGAGAGCGAUUCACUGGAUGUAGAACACAGCUUCUUGUGAAUCUAAGCUUUUAUUAUCCUCACUUUUUUGUAGCUCUUAUAUUUUCAUAUAUUUGACUUGAAAUGCAUUAAAAGUCUCCAAAGCCAGA